UUAUUAAAAGAAUAACAUUUUGAAGAAAGCAGUUACUGUAGCGGCAUCUAGUAAUAUUUAAGGGAAUAUUAUGCCUUAGUUGACUUGCCCUGUGGCAUAGAUGGCACCACUUUCCAUACAUUUUGUUUUCUUGUCCUCAAAGUACUGUACUGUCACCCCCAUGAUCCAAACAAACUGACAGACAGAAAUCGCGGGGCUCCAUGAAGGUCCAUAGAAUUAGUGUUGUCACUUGUCUGCGUGUGCAUUAUUGAGAAUAUUGAGCACAAUGGGAUCUGUAAAGACUUGGUCAACGAAGGAAGAAGUUCUUAAAGAUCUUGCAAAAGCUUCUGGCAGAAGAAUUGGGAACCUUGACGACGGAUAUUUGGUUGUCGGAGAUGGUCCUCCGCCAAUUAUUGUUGAAGAUGACGAUUUUGAGAUGCGUCUCAUGUUUGGAGACACAGCAGCGACUGGCCGAAAGAGCAUGCCAUCGGGGAAUGAUUCCCCAGACCUUCUAGGCAUACAGCAAAUGCUACAGAUGGUGAAAGACUACUCUGACGAAGAAGAGGAGACUGUGAAAGAUACUCAAUCUUCUGAUUGUGUUAUAUCUAUUACCAAAGUUAGUAAUUUAAAUCCUUGUGUUGAGGAGUUCAGACCAAAAAAUAUCAAGUCAGAUAGGCUAACUAGUCAUAGUCCUGGUAACAAUGUUAGCAAUAACCCGAAUGUUGUCACACAGGGCAAUGACAAGAAAACUGAAGAGGCAGACAACUCAAAAAACGAUUCUAAUGUUAAAAUCGAUCAUAAAAGUAUAGAUGUGAAUGCGAAUAGUGCAAACAAAGACGAAUAUGAAGAAAUUGCGACAAAACUGAAAAACAAAAUCAGUGACGCAGCAAAAUCUGACACUUUCGAGUUGAAGAAGCAAAAAAAUGUCGCUAUUGCAACUCUUUUGCGAUUGUAUGCUAAUAACAAAUCGCCCAGUAACGAAGUCGAUAGCAGCAUUAAGCUUAUAAAACCAGAUUUCUUUAAAUCGUCACAUCCCUUGUCUUCAUCGGCGACAUCUACCCCAGAACCCAAAGACGAUACACAGUCGACACCUGCGGGUUCGAGUGCCAGCCGCAGCUCCACGCCCGCCCAAACGCCUUCGGAAAACAAUUCAAGCGAAAGUAACACAACCAAACCUAAGGUUAAAUUAGAUCCGGAAAUGAGAAGCUCAAUUGAAAAAGUUAGUAAAUGGCUGGAAGAGCCUACUAAAAAAAAAUCUAAACCAGUGUAUCUUAACCCUAUAGCUUUCAAAAGAAAAGAAAUCACACCUCCAAGUUCGUCACCUUCCAUGAGCGAAACGAAACCGAGUCCUAAGCGAAACAUUACCAAUGACAAGCAACAAUAUAAGCCAUCCGACUUUGCCUCGGACUUAGGCAAGAAGUAUAUGGAAAGAAGCAAGAUUUUAGAAGCAAAGCAAAACGAGGUAACGUGGUCAAACCUCGACAAAGUAUUGAAACAAAAAGACAUGUUGAUAAAAAAGCGUUUGCAGGAGACUCAGAGUCAAAAUAACGAUACGUCACUCGAAUGAAGUUGGGAAUUAACGCGAUUACAUUAUGUAUGUUUGAUAUUUAUUUUAGUUGGUGGGGUACACUGGAAAUUGUCACAAAUUAACGUGCCCGUACGCCGAAUACUUGUGAUUUCGUCCAGUUGAUCUAAAUACAUAAUGCAAUUGCGUUAAUUCCUGGGUGAAGUCAAAGCAGAGUGUCUACUUCGUUGACACGCCCUACACAGUGGCUUGACUGUUAGCAGUUUUAGCUAAUGCAAUUUUACAGGGUACGAAAGUGUCGCCUCGUCCGAGAAAAAUGACGAAAAGAAAACGAGCCAAUGAUGUAAGGUCUAUGGAAAAGUAGAACUGUUUAUAUGAGUAGAAAUAUUGUUUUUUUAGUACAAAACUUUGACAUCAAAAGUUACGAUUUUUUUUUGUUUGAAUAUUGAUAAUUUUACUCUCGCAUAAAACUAAAGUUCUACAUCUAAUGAAAUAUUUGAACUGGAGAACAUCCUCUUUGCAGUAGGAACAUAUUUAGUAUGAUAUCUUAUUAUGAAGAGGGUUAUAUUUUUUAUUUUGUGAAAAUAUCGUCUUUAAUUUUUUUUAAGUUUAUGAUGUCUAAUAGUGCCACAAUUCUGAGCCCCAAUUCCGCUAUUCAAAGGCCGAUGAAUAAACGGAAAUUGGAUUAAAAUGGCACUUUUCGUAUCCUACUAAGCAUUUUGCCAACACAAUAAUUGGAAAUUCAGUAGGAGAUGGAACACUCACGAUCAAUACAAUGAAUUUUCAUCGGCCACUGUAAAUAGCAGAAUGGGGACCCUGAACGAUUUAAAAUAACACUUUUCAGAAAGUUUUGUUUUGAAUCAAUUUUUAUGGCAUGUGAAGCCAAACUCCCUAAAAUUUUGAUUUCGUAUCCACAUCGCAUUAUCAGUCACUUCCCUUGUAACCAAUUUUGUAAAUUAAACGCCGCAUUAUUAAUUAGACAGUUUGCUCUUAAGUUUUUUUGUGCAAUAUAUUGCAAUAUUGUAUUAAUUUGUAUUAAUCAACGAAAAUACCAGCGCGUAUUGAAUUUAAGAGCCAAAGUGUUGUCAUAAUACGUUACAUUGGCCUAUCUUAUCCCUUAUUUGUUCUGAAAAUCUGCUUAUUAAAGUCUUUAAUAUCUUAAUAAGUUAUUAAAGAGAAUGAGCUAUUUUACUGAUCUGUAGGUACGUAUCCCGUGAUUUACUCCUAAAAAAUGUGCUGAAUGAUUUAAUUUACAUAGAAACUAUUUUAUUGUAUCGAGCCUUUGUAUACAUUUUACCAGUCGAUUUAAUUUAUUUAGAUGUAAAAAUAUUAAUAUAUAAUUAAAGAUGUGAUUAUUUUAUUUUAGCUUCCAUCCAAAUUUAUUAACGAUGUAAUUGAAAAUUUCGUAAGUUAGAUAUUUAAUUAAUGACGUGAUUUAUAAUAUAAGAACAAUACUAAACCAAACAACUUACUGCUAUCGGAUGAUUUGAUUUACUCAACCUACCUUUAGUUAAACACUAAUACAAAUCCAGUAAAACUAAUAAUAUUUAGUAUGUAAAACGAUAACUAUAGAUCUUAGUAAAAAAAAACAGGUGAAUUUCUGAAUCUUCAUUAAAGAAAUGCGCAAUAGCAUUCAGAAAAGCGUUCACUGAACGACUCAGAACUUCCAUACGAUUGACUGGUCUCAAUUCUUGCCACAACAAUAAUCGUAAAUCUGGACGUCAAUCUAUGUUUUGAUUCUUAAAGGAGGUUAUUAAUUCGACACGUAUGUAUGUAAUAUUGUCGGAAAUGUUUUUAAUUAUAGUUAUUUUCGGUACUUAUAAUUUCAAUAAACGUUUUUUCGUACUUAAGCUUGUUUUUUUGCACUUGCCCCACCCU